AUGGAUAUAUGGUGUGACACCUGGAGACUUGAGUUUAAUGUCGAAAAGUGUGGCUGGCUCUGCAUAGGCUGUCCCAACCUAGAACUCGACCUAGCAAUUCAGGGCCACAAAAUCCCUAGACUCAAAUCUGUGCUAGACCUAGGACUGACAUAUUCACACAAUCUAUCAUUUUCUGAACAUAUCUCGAAACAAGUAUCGAAAUCACGCAGGCUUAUUGGUUUCCUACUCAGGAACUUCUACAGAAGUGAAUCCAGAAUACUACUGUACAAGGUUUGUGUGCGCCCACUCCUAGACUAUUGUUCAUUCAUAUUUAGUAGUAUACGCAUAGAAGACAAACUAAAAGUAGAAGGAGUACAGAGGUACUUCACGCUGAAAGUAAUCGGAACUGAAAACGGCACAAACUACUCUACCAGAUGUGAAAUUCUAGGACUAGAAACAUUAUGGUUAAGACGACUGCGGCUAAAUCUGGUACUCUUCUAUAAACUACUUAACCACAUAGUGCAUACCCCUACUAAUUGUACUCGGUUUUCAGAAGACACUGGAUAUAACCUUAGACACACUCAAGGUACGGUGGCUAUAGAACAAUGUAAAACAGCCACCAGGCAAAAAUUUUUCAUGAUUAGGUAUGCCCAAAUAUGGAACAAACUACCUGAGGAAAUGCGACUAGCAAGCUCACUAGUGUCCUUUGAAAAAGCUCUUAAUGACACACUAAGUGGGUUUGUAAGUGAUACCAGUGCUAAUUCCCAUGUAAGAGCUUCAGAAAUUAUAGGCCCAUUUAAUGUAUGAACUUAGAGACUACACCUGUUGUUUCUUUUGCCUUUAUCUAUAAUUUCAGACAAACAAGCAGCAGUCAUGAAAAUAACACUCAUACAAAUAAGAGUCGAUCGAAUUAUGUCUACCUGAUACAAAGCCUGAACCAUAAUCAACAUAUGAAUGAAGUAUGAGAAAACAAGGUCGAGACUUACCACAACAUCACAUGGAAGGAUAUAAGUUACUUGGACAUUAUUUAUAAUCCACCAACUGGUCUCCUUUCCAAAAGGAAUGCGGCGAUAUUUUAUCCACAGUUAUGAGCAAAUACAUAAAUCCACAGUUCCCGUUGUAUACACUCAGUGGGGACUGCAGCCAACAAAGUAAUGCAUUUAAAGCAUAUGCACACUUCCCAUAAUCACGGCGACACCGCGGAAUAUAUCAAAAUCGCAGAGCAAUCAAACCCAACACGCGAUGUAAUUAAGUAAAUCCGAAAGGCAAACAAGUUGUAUUCCGAUUUGGAAUAUUCGUCCAUAUGUCGAUCAUGAUGACAAAUCCAAAUCACUACCUAUACAGCGUCAAUAAAUCUGGAUAUCUAUGAAAUGACGAAAAUAUGCUGAUAGCUGCAUCUCAGAUACCAAUGACUCAUUCAAUGGCAAAAUUCUGCUCCUGCAUGCCUCUUUCGACAUUUUUGCAUGGAUUGGUUCGCAGUUACUCAGGUUCCAGACAGAAAAGAAUAAAAAUUCACAAGUUGCUGAAUUAUGAUUACUUCUCUGCAUGUUUAACUGGAUAAUAACUGCUGUGGUGAGCCGUUUGCAGUUUAUAUUGCUUAAAACAUCGUUUACGGUAAACUGAGUAACGUUUUAUAAGUCAUUUUUAUACUUUUGUGACUAAACCACCAUAUCGACCGAAUGUAACGCAACACUCAGUUGUUUCGCUCAU